AUGGGAUUCCAAAAGAAAUCCGGCUUCCUCGUCAUCUUAGUCACUGCGGCUUUGGUUGCUGCUCACGGUCACGUCACCAACAUCGUCGUCAACGGCGUCUCAUACCGCAACUACCUUCCCACCGAGGAUCCAUACAACAAUAACCCUCCACUCGUGGCUGGCUGGACGAUAGACCAGCGCGACAACGGCUUUGUCGCGCCGGAUGCUUAUAACGCGCCGGAUAUCAUCUGCCACAGACAAGCAGUGUCAGGCAAGGGCCGAAUCACAGUUGCUGCUGGAGAAACCCUGCAGCUACAAUGGACCGAGUGGCCUGACAGUCACAAGGGCCCUGUCAUGGACUUCCUGGCAAAUUGCAAUGGACCUUGUAACGCCAUCGACAAGACUGCACUCAAGUUCUUCAAGAUAGACGGUGCUGGCCUGAUUAAUCCUCCUCAACAGACAAAUCAGUGGGCGGCAAACGUCUUGAUCAACAACGGUAACGCGUGGCUCGUCCGUAUCCCGCCCAAUGUUGCCCCUGGCCACUACGUGCUUCGCCACGACAUCAUUGCCCUCCAUAGUGCCGGUCAACAGAACGGAGCGCAGAGUUAUCCCCAGUGCGUUAACCUGGAGAUCACCGGCAAUGGGACAGACAACCCUACUGGCACACCAGGUACUGCCCUAUAUGGCGCCAAUGACCCCGGUAUUCUGUACAAUAUCUACCGGGAUAAUCUCAACGACUAUGUCAUUCCGGGUGGUGCCAUUAUCUCCGGUGGGACUUCUAUGCUCCCGCAGUCAAGAAUCCAGAUUACUGCCUCUGGCAGCGCUACACCUUAUGGUACAACAAUCCGUGCAAGCUCAACUAGCAUGGCCUCCGCCAGCUCCUCGGCUUCUGUUGUCCCUGGCAGCUCAUCCAGCACAUUCAGCUUUGGCAACUCGUCUUCUGGUACUGUCACCCUAGUCACCACUUCCAUCGCGGCAACCACCACAAUCACAUUGACUCGCACGAGUUUCACCUCGAGCUCAAGCUCAAGCAGCACUACCAGCGCUAGCAACAUCUCUCGAACCAGCAACACAAAAGCAACAUCCCAGACGCCGUCACCCACGACCUUCCAGACCUUGACCACCACGGCACCAACCGUCGGUGGACAGACUCAGAACCUGUACGGCCAGUGUGGUGGGUCAAACUACGCUGGUCCGACCAAGUGCCCGGAGUACGCGUCUUGCGCUACCGUCAACUCAUAUUACGCGCAAUGCACCCCGGGCCCUGUGCCUCCGGGAGCUCAAUCUUUGUACGGGCAGUGCGGUGGUAUCAACUGGCCGGCUGAGAGCCCGACUUCCUGUGUUCCUGGCGCUACCUGUACUACGGCCAACGCGUACUACGCCCAAUGUACCCCGGCAUGA